UAACCAAGUCCGUGUGACAUGUGAAAGCUGAGGCCGUUGACCUAUGACCUGUAGAAGAAACAAACAUGGCGGUCGUGGACGGACGUGUUCGCUCGUAACGCCGGAAAAAUUUAGGGAACAUGUCAGUGAGAAGCCGGAGGGGGAAACGGGGCCCACAGGACAAAAAUGGCGCCCCGGAAAAAUCAGAACCAGUUCUGCAAAAGGGCCAUUCACAUGAAAAAGACUUGCAGAGAGUUCAAGAGGUUACCACCAAAAGGAUCCUCCUCCGCGUGACCUUCAUCGUCCUGACCUUAGGAAUCGUGGCCCUUCUGUCCGGCCGAGGUGACCAAUCGGGGCUCACGACAUUCGUGAAACAAGACGAGACAGUUCAGAAGAGGAUUUUGGACGUUCCAUGCAGUAAAGACUACAAGAAAUAUGAACACUUUGAAGGAUGCACGCCCAGAAGAUGUGGCCGAGGUGUAAUGGACGGACUGGUGACGCAAAACGAAGCGGCACAGCUACUGAGGAUUGCAAAGAGAGGCCUGGCACUUGGUGGGUCUAAUGGAGGGGCCUCCAUCUUGGACCUUCAUUCUGGAGCGCUGUCCAAGGGGGACAGUUUCAUCAACCUUUACCAGAUGAUGAAGAGUAACAAGGACAGAUCUGUCUUUUCUGAAGACGACUUCAGUCUGUACAGGAGGGUGAAGAACAGGAUCCGUUCAGCGAUCGCCGAGGAGUUUGGAAUCCAGCAGGACAGACUCCACCUCACCCACCCCACCUUCUUCUCACGGAUGACGACUCGAGCCGCAAAAACUGUUCACGAUGAGUACUGGCACCCGCACAUAGAUAAGGAGACCUACGGUUCGUUUGACUACACCUCCCUCCUGUACCUGACUGACUACAGCCGUGACUUUACCGGUGGGAGGUUCGUGUUUGUGGACAAGGAAGCCAACAGCACAGUGGAACCCAGGACAGGACGGGUUUCGUUCUUCACGUCGGGUUCAGAAAAUCUGCACUUUGUGGAGAAAGUCGCGUCUGGGACGAGAUUUGCCAUUACGGUGUCGUUCUCGUGCGACCCGAAACACGCCAUCGCAGAUCCACACUUAAAGUCAUAGCCUUACAUAGAUUAUGAUAGAACAUCAAUUCCACCCUCACACUCAGGGUUGACAAUCGCGGCAAAGCCUAACGAUGUCACCCCUGACAACUCAGCCACAGAAUUCGGUUAUUAGGGGUGUCUUGCUUAUGAAUAUUAAUGAGCUUGCCUGAUUUGUCGCAGGCCAAUCAGCGACCGGAUUUCAAGUUUCGAACAGACAGCAUACGCAUGGUACGGCGCAGCGUGCACAAAGAUCUGUUUAACUUUGCGUGUAUUUUUUUUUUCAUAUGCUAGGUCGGUAUACGUUGAUGCCGUGGUUACCUAUACCCACAGAACCGACAACUGUUAAAUUUGGUACCUAAUAACCGAAUUCUGUGGCUGAGUUGUCAGGGGUGAUAUCGUUAGGCUUUGCCGCUAUUGUCACCCCUGAGUGUGAGGGUGAUCAAUUCAUUCCAGCUUGUAUACUUUAGGGUGGAGCCGUCGGACAUGUUCAAUCUG